UUUCUGAAUCAACAACUCUCAAACAACUCCACAGGGGAACAUAUUUCAGGACAUACCCACACACUGAAGAAACCUUGUUCCCUUGACAGAGCUAUCAGAAUUCUCUAAUAUCAUCAUCAUCUCUGCAACUUGGAUACCGCCAUGGGUAAAUCUUUAAGAGCUGCUCUGUUCUCUUGUGUGUUACUCAUGUGCUUAAGCGUUCCCUCUCUAGCACAAACAUGCGGGACCUUUACUUUCUCUAGCAAUCAAAUAUAUGCCACUUGCAGUGAUCUUCCUCAGCUGGAUUCUUUCCUCCACUGGAAUUACCACCCAUCAAACAUGACAGCGGAUAUUGCCUUUCGUAGAACUGGAACAACAACAUCCAACUGGGUAGUUUGGGCUCUCAAUCCUACAGGACAACAGAUGCAAGGGUCACAAGCACUUUUAGCUUUCCAUGACUCCACUGGCACCCCCACUGCGUACACUACCUCAAUAGAUACUAUGAGCCCGACGAUGCAGCGGGGAAAUUUGAGUUUCGGGGUCCAGAAUAUUAGAGCCGAGUAUUCAAAUAAUGAGAUGAUCAUUUUUGCUACUUUGCAACUUAAUGCUAACUUGAUAUCCACAAAUCAAGUUUGGCAAGUUGGCACCAUGACUGGAACUACUUUUAAUUCGCAUGCUAUGGAUCCAGCGAACAGAGCAUCUGUUGGUACUAUUAAUUUCGCCACUGGAACAACCGUUGCCGGAAGUGCCCCAUCAAACAGUAAAAAGAAUGUUCAUGGUGUGCUGAAUGCGGUGAGUUGGGGAAUUCUGAUGCCUACAGGAAUUAUGAUAGCUAGGUACGUUAAGGUGUUCAAGGUAGCAAACCCAGCCUGGUUUUACCUACACGUUGCUUGCCAAUCUUCUGCAUAUGUUGUUGGUGUUGCUGGGUGGGGAACUGGUCUUAAACUUGGCAGUGAUUCUCCUGGAAUUAAGUAUGAAAAGCACAGGAACAUUGGCAUAACCCUCUUCUGCCUUGCAACCCUUCAGAUAUUUGCUAUGUUAUUGAGGCCAAAGCCAGAUCACAAAUACAGACUGUACUGGAACAUCUACCAUCAUUCCAUUGGGUAUGCAACAAUCAUUUUGAGCAUAAUUAAUGUAUACGAAGGGCUUGACAUUUUGGACCCAGAAAAGAAAUGGAAAAGGGCAUACAGUGGCGUUCUAAUAUUCUUGGGAGCCACAGCUGCUGUCUUGGAGGCAGUCACAUGGCUUAUUGUCAUCAGAAGGAAGAAAACAGUUAGCUCUGACAAGUAUACCAAUGGAACUAAUGGAUAUGGUGCUUAGGCCAUUAUAUAUAGAAAUUAUAGCUCAUCAUCUGUACUUUACUUUAGGUACGUACCCAAUUGCUGGGUUGCUUUUUCUUUUCUUUUUUUUUUUCCCCCAUUUUUUUGGAGUCUUUUAUACGGAUUUACCUAUGUGUUUUGUAGAGCUUAUUCAUUAUAGCUUUUUUAUGGUGAUUUGUGAGUACAGUGUCAUGUGGGCAUGUUGAUAGAUUGGCUGUACUCUUCUUGUUACUUACAUAGAAAUUUUAUUGGAUUGUUUACAUUUA